AUGUCAGGUGAAUCUGGAUUGACUGAGGGUUCUCCUCGUGGUGAUAAUAAUCAUGAUCAAAGUACAUCUGAAAAUAAUAACUAUGUUGUUAAACCUUCAACAUCUAGUGGAGACUCUACUAAAUUUGAAUGGUGGAAAAACAAGAUGUACACUCAUAUCAUAAGUCUUGAUGAUGAGUUUUGGGACAUCUUGGAAGAUGACAUUAACAUUCAAGUUAAUGGUGUUGGAAUGGUGUCUGACAGAAAGUCUCUUACACCAUCUCAGAAAAAUAUUUACAGAAAACACCAUAGAGUAAAAGACAUAUUGGUUGAUGUUCUACCUCAUUCUGAGUAUAUCCAAAUCAUUGAUAAAUCCACUGCUCGGACCAUCUUUAAAUCCCUAUGUGCUACAUAUGAAUGGAAUCAACAGGUUCAGGAAGCCAAUGUUAACCUUUUGUUUCAGCGAUAUGAGUUAUUCAAAACGAAGGAAUAUGAAGACAUUGAAACCAUGUUUUCUAGGUUUCAAAUUAUUUUUUCUGGUCUUCAAGUGCUAAAUAAAAGCUAUACUACCUCUGACCAUGUCAAGAAGAUUCUUUGGAGUCUUUCUAUCAAAUUCAGAUCCAACGUAACAACUAUCCAUGAUGCUAAGGACUUAAACAAAUUAAGUCUUGAAAGUCUUAUCAGUAAUCUCCAGAGUCAUGAGAUGAAGCUCAAUGAAGAUGAACCUCUCAAGAAGUCAAAGUAUCUUACUUUGAAAUCUUCUGGAAAAUCUGUAAAGGCUCCCAAAAUUUGGAAAUCUGAAGAAGUGUCUCAAUCAGAAGCUUUUGAAGAAGACUCAGAUAAUGACGAUAUAACCUUUAUCAUUAAAAGAUUUCAAUACUUGGUCAAGAAAAAUAACAUAUUAUGUGGUAUAAGCAAUGUAUUAAGAGGACCAAGUUCUAGAGAUAAUAAAGAUGAUCAGAAGGGAUUCUUCAACUACAAGAAGUCUGAUCACUUUAUUGUUGAAUGUCCAGAGUUGCAAAAGGACAAGGCAAAGAAGGGAAGCUUUCAGAAGAACAGAUUCCGAAAAAGAUUCAAGAAGAGUCUCACGGCAACAUGGGAUGAACUCAACAAUGAAGAAGAUUUUGAGAAAUAUGAAGAACAUGACAGUCUAGAUUUCAUGGCUCUUACAUCUUCUGAAGAAGGAUCUGGCUCAGACUAUAGUUCUGAAUCUGAAGAUGAUGCAGUAUUUUCUGAACUAUCUCGCUCUAAUUUGAUUACCUCCAUCCAAGAUCUUAUGUCAAGAAAAGGCAAGACAUAUGAGAAUGUUAACGAAGCAAUAUGA